CCUAUGCUGGUCAUUGGAUUUGACGUAGGUUAUGGUUUCUGUUUCGUUUGCUAUUUUCAGCGUUUUAUCUGAAUCUCAUCAGCUGAGUUCAGUCUUCUAACGUGACCUUAAUUCUGGAACACGUUUUAAAGAUGCAGGUUAUUGAGCAUCCUGUGGAGAGACUGCGCACUGCUCUUCUGUCCACACGAAAAGAUCUAAUAGAAACAUACCAACAAUUCAGCAGACCAGAGAAGACACUUUUAGAAGAAGGACUCCAGCCUGGCAAUUCACUUUUCAACCCCAUCACCAUUCACUCAGACUCAGACUGGAUUCCUGCACAUCCUGAGGAUCCUCAAGACUUUCAGAGUUUUUUCAUCAACCCUUACCGCCGUUCUCCAUGCGGUGGACAUAAUUCCAUCUACAUUCAGACUAUUGGCUCUUUUGGGGAAGGAGCGGUUGUGGCGGAGCAGUAUGUUGAAUGGCUGAAGGACUACUGCCAGGCGUUCUAUUAUGGACUAGUGGUCAAGCUUUUACCACCAGUAACAGUUGCUUCAACAGCCUGUUCAUUUCGCAUUAACGACAACACACACAAUCUUCAGCUUCAUGCUGGAGAGCUGUUGAACUUUUUGAAAAAGAGGAAGCCCAGAGAUGCUUUUUGUAUUGUGGGCAUCACCAUGAUUGACUUGUACCCCAGGGACUCAUGGAAUUUUGUUUUUGGCCAGGCUUCUCUCACUGAAGGAGUGGGAGUCUUCAGUUUUGCCCGAUACGAUGAUCAUUUUUACCAAAGAAACUAUGCAGGACGGCUAAAGAAGAAAAUCAAACUGAAGCAAGGAGACUACUCCGUAUUUGAGAAUUACUACACUCCUCCUAUCACCAGCAUUCUCCUCCUCCGCUCAUGCAAGACCCUGACACAUGAGAUUGGACAUAUAUUCGGUGUAAAGCACUGCCAGUGGCUAAACUGUGUCAUGCAAGGCUCCAAUCACUUAGAAGAGUCUGAUCGUCGACCACUUGACCUCUGCCCCAUCUGUUUGCGUAAACUACAGUCUGCUAUUGGAUUCAAAAUAGCUGACAGAUACAAGGCUCUACUGCACUGGAUUGAAGAUGGAGCUGACAGCAUCGGGCAACAUUCAAAACCUACACAAGCUUUCCAAGAGUACAAACACUGGUUGUGUAAGUGCAUACAUAUAUUGGAAGGUGAAAAAUCAUGAGCCAGCCAGUGUGAUCUUUUGCAACCUACAAGCAAUGUCAAGGCAAGUUGAGACAUGCUAUAUGCUCAUUCUUGAAAAGUGAUUGGGUGAGAAAGCUGCUGAGAAAAUACAGUUAAACAUGUAUGUAGUUGUAUGGAUUAAACAAAACAAAGUUUAA